GCGUGUAGUUUGAAGUUAUGUGAAGUAACACUGCGUCCUUCUGAGGGUUCUAUUUUUUUAUUUACUAGGCAACCCACACAAAAUACAUAAAUACACACAAAUCCAGAUAAAUACAUGCCACACGUUACAACUUGAAUAGGAAUAUUGAACAGAAAAUUUAAUACAGUCCCCUUUUUAGAUUGCGUAAGAGUAACUACUGUUGUGUAUUGAUUCAUUGUCAAAGACGAGUUCCACCAGACAGGCAACAAAUCUCUCGUUUUUUUUGUAAUGUUCUAUUCGCCACCUUAUCAAUAAUGACCUAACUACAGAUGUGUUAAAUUCACAGCGCACCGUGUUCAUGGUAGAUUUAGAGCUAUAACUAAUCAGGUUUUCAUGUUAAGUCUGCCAUUCCACCCCCUCGCGGAUAUAUCUUGGGUUUGGGGAUUCCCUCGUGCGCACAGCAUGCUUUAAGUGUUGAAGGAAUAACCGUUCACCAGAACUGACAAAAUGCACUCAAAGAUGAUCACAUGUAUAGUCUGCAAGUCUUUGGUAUUAAAUUAAAAUUGUCCUAGGAAUUAUGUUAUGAAACUCGGCUGCUCAGGGUUUCACAACAGGGAUGACGUCGGGCAGUAGAGCCAAUCAGCACUUCGCUAGAACGUCACGUGGUCUUUAUUUAUGUAAUGUAAUGGUGUAACACAGUAACCUGGAAUUGUGCUCGUGUGCGUAGUACCUAGUAAAAGGGGUUAAUCCGAGGACCGAGGCACCCACGAGUACCAUACCGGACAUAUUCCGGUCGGUUUGGGGAGUCGUUGGUUGCUUUCGCAUCGGUGGGAGAAGCGGCGCACUCAAAAAGAGGCUGAGUUUUGUCUUUACCUGAUGGAGAGAGAAACGCUUCAUGGUUGACAAAUAUUGGAACACUACAUCAAUGUGGAAGUGUCGGCUGAGAACGGCAACAUUAGAUAAGCAAAGACAAUGUUUGGAGCGGCGAUAAACUAGUGGCUAAGUCGAGCACAGCGAACGGGUUCAAGUUGGGACGCGUUCACGUUUUGCCGUGAUAAUCAUUUGGUAAAUGACAGACACUCGAGAGGGAAAGUCCUCCCGUGUGCCAGGCUUUAAGAAAAAAACGCAUUUAUUGCAGCGGGACACCGCACUGACACACCAAGCCAACACCAUGGAGCUGCUGGAGUGCCGAAUCUGCCUCUUCCCGAUGUGGGAGCCCGUGACCAUUUCCUGUGGUCACACCUUCUGCAGGAGGUGCGCGGGGACCUACCUCCCGUCAAAAUGCCCGGCCUGCAAAGAGAGGUUAAAACAGAGAGACACCAGAAACGCAAAGAACAACGUUUUGCUCAUCCGUGUCAUAGAAAAGUGCAGCCCGGAGGACGCAAAGAUUAAGGGUCACUUGCAGGAGAAACUUCGUGCAAAGCAGUAUCAGGAAGCUUUACGCGUCGCAAACGACGGAAUACAGCAAGUUCCAGAAGACCUGAGUCUGAAGCUCUACAGAGCUGAAGCCAAUUGUGGCUUGCUACGUUUCUCUGAUGCUCUGGUGGACCUUGACUACCUCUGCUGUCUUCAGCCGAAAUGGACUGAGGGCUUUUUUCGUAAAGGGAACAUACUUUUGGAAAUGGCUCUGCAGACAGAAUCCCUCAUUCAGUUGCAGCAUUGUCUCAAACUUCAAGAUGACUUUGUUCCUGCUAAGAAUCAGAUAAAAAAGAUCUUGGAGGCAGAGGGCAUCUCGGUGCCAGAGGAAGUAUCCUCUAUCAUGCAGGUGUUGGCUGAAUACUUGAAAGCUUCCUACCCCAUUGCUAGCCUCAGUGGCACGCAAGUAACACACCCUGAGGGUCUCAAACAUCCACACGGUGACUCAGGCGCAGAAGAGAGGAGAGACGGAUACCAGAGCGCCAAAGUGAAGCACGACACCAGCAAUGAGUGCUGCCUGAGCCUCUGCCAAGCUGUCUCUUUCCUGCCUGCCAGUGAAGAUGAUAAGGAGAUGAAAACAAAGGAGGAUGUGAAUUGCACAGGUGCCAGUUUACACCGCAGAGAUAAAACUCUGAGUGUUCUGACUGUGUCAGACUUUGAGUGCCCUCUCUGCAUCAGGUUGUUUCAUGAGCCAGUUACCACUCCAUGUGGUCACACUUUCUGUAAAAACUGCAUAGAGAGGAGUCUGGACCACAACCUCCGCUGUCCACUCUGCAAGCAGCCGCUGCAGGAGUACUUGAAAAAUAGGAAGUACAACGUCACAGUUGUGAUUCUGGAUAUCAUGGACUCCCUUUUCCCCUCACAGUUGGCUGAAAGGAAACAAAUCCAUGAGGCUGAGAUGGCUGAACUAUCAAACCUGACAAAGGACAUCCCUAUAUUUGUUUGUACCGUGGCCUACCCAGGUGUACCGUGCCCGCUACACAUCUUUGAGCCUCGAUACCGACUGAUGAUGCGUCGCUGUAUGGAGACAGGAACUAAGAAGUUUGGGAUGUGCAGUUACGAACAUGGCAAGGGGUUUGCAGACUAUGGCUGCAUGCUGGAAAUUCUUAGCCUGGAACUACUGCCUGAUGGACGGUCCUACGUGGACUGUGUAGGGAGCAACAGGUUCAGAGUCUUAAAACGAGGUCUCAGGGAUGGCUACCACACUGCUGAUGUCGAAUAUCUUGAGGAUAUCAAGGCCGAAGGGAACGAAUUGGAACUCCUGCAGCGUCUGCACGACAGUGUCUAUCAACAGUCUCAGGACUGGUAUCAGCGUCUUGGUAGCCGCAUGAGAGAACAGAUCAACAGGCAGUAUGGUACUAUGCCUAGUAUUGAGGAGAACAUUCAGGCCUCAUCCAAUGGUCCAUCCUGGUGCUGGUGGCUCCUGUCUGUCCUGCAGCUGGACCCUGCAUAUCAAACAACAGUCCUCUCGCUCUCCUCACUAAAAGACCGUCUCGGUCACCUACGGCUCAUCCUCGAGUACUUCUCUCAGAGCUAAACAAAGCAUCGUAGUGGAAUUGGUGAGAUAAAAAGCUGAGGGUCAAAUAUUAUGUACCAUACUUACAAAAUACUUGAGUGAAGCGAGGAAGUACUGAGUUCACUUUUCUCACAAUUUUUGGGAUUAACUACUCUGAAAUACAAAGGGACUGUUUUAAUUUCACUGCUCAAAGCCAAAUCGCUUGGACAAAACCAUAAAAUACUGAUUUUAUAACAAAACCCCCAAAAGUUAUUUAAAUCAGUUUUUUUAUGUCUUACUUGCUAAUUUCAUCACUUUUAAAAAAAAAUACAUAUAAAUUGCACAAGAGUAAUUUCAACAGAUACUUUCAAGCCUGUACAGUCUUUUGGCACAUUCUUGUCAUUUCCAGCUAGAACCAUACCUAUAGAGCAAAUAAAAAUUCAUCGAUUUACCCAUGUAAUAAAUAAUCUGAGGUUUAAAUUGUAUGUAGACAACAGAUCAUUUUACCCAGUUACUACGGCAGAAUUCUGCAGGAAAAUAAACCUCUCAAGGUUGCUCUCUCAUGCAGAUCACUUAAGCAGUCAAACUUUAUUUGUACAGCACUUUUCAUAAAUUUAAUGCAAUUUCAAGCGCUUUCUGUGAAUUACAAUUGCCCGUAUCUGCUGCUUAUCCAUAGGGACUCCACGACCUUCAUCAACUGGCAGAUCAGAAAGUUUGAAUGUCAUCAAUUACAUUUUCAAAUCACAAUUACAAUUAAUUCAAUAGCACAUGAAUUAAGACUAAGACACUUAUUCAGAACUAUGCAAAUUGAGAUUUGGAAAAAUAAUUAAUUUAAUCAAAUAAUAAUGAAGAUAUUAUAAAUAUAUUACUGUAUUAUAUUUUUUGGAUUUGCAGGCAAAUUGUUCUUUGCUCAUGUUUAUAUUUCUUGCUUUUUUUUUUGGCCGUGGCAGCCAUUUGGUAUGGCUCAUUUAAUACUUUUGUACAUUAAAAUACCCAUGUUUUCAAUUAGUGAUUGUUUUAAUAGUAAUUUUGGGUCAGAUGUAAAAUUGGGCGGCACGGAGGAGCAGCUGAUAAGAGGGUUGCCCUCACAGUUCUGAGGACCAGGGUUCAAAUCCCGGCCACGCCUGUGUCGAGUUUGCAUGUUCUGGCCGAGCCUGCAUGGGCUUUCCCCGGGCAGUCCGGUUUCCUCCCACAUCCCAAAAACAUGCAACAUUAAUUGGACACUCUAAAUUGCCACGAGCUGUGAUUGUGAGCGUGACUGUUGUUUUUCUCCAUGUGUCCUGCAAUUGGCUGGCAACCAGUUCAGGGUGUUGACAGCUGAGAUAGGCUCCAGCAUGCCACGCGACCCUUGUGAGGAUAAGCGGCUCAGAAGAUGGAUGGAUAGAUGCAUAUUAACUUGCACCUACUUGAAGGCAAUGUUCUUUUAAAUGAAAACCAACAAUGUGGUUGUUAACUGAUAUUGUUGGUCACCUUUAAGCAGGAUAUUUGUUGGAUUGUUUCUGCAGCCGAGUUGGGCAGGCAACUUUUAUUUAUGUGCAUGCGAUGCCAGUGGACUGUCAGGUGCAGGUGUCAUUGUUUGUCAUCUGUAAUAAGGAUUCAUUUUUGUAUGUCUUCAUUGUCCGAAAACCUUUGUUUUAUUUUUCUGGUAAGGCAACGCACAUGUCAUUAUAUCAGCUCCAUCUCGGUGGAUUCAAAAUCCAGUGCUCAGCAUCUGGUACUGAGGGAAAACUGAAAAAUGAUAUGGCCUUGGUCUAAGUAGGGAUAAAUCCCCACUACAGUAAUCUACAAUACUGCAUAGAGUAUCUUUUGCAGAACAACUGUCUCAGUGCUUUUGUGGGACCCCCUCUGUCAUCAGUCAUAUUGCUUGAGUGCCUUUCGAAUGUUAAAAAUAAGUCUUAGGGUGUCUUUAUCAUAUUGACAACAUAAACUGUCUUUCUGGCACCUUUUAAUAUGGAUUAAGAGAUACAUCCAUUGAUUGCCAAAGGUGCAUGUUUUACAUUUUUAACUAAGAAUAGGGUUGACUGGGUAAAACUUUACACUUUUGUUUUCUUUUGUUGUUUUCACCUUAAAUGUGCCAUUCAUUGUGUGAUUUAUAGAAGUAUUUACUGGGUUCAUGUGUGUUUUGUAACAAAGUUUAAAUUAAAAUUAAAUCUUUACA